AUGACUGAAUCGACAGAUUUCGCAGCAGCCUUUGAAUUGACAGAAAAUGCAGUUUCUUCUCGAACAGAUUCUUCUCGUAAUAGAUUUCAACAAACUGAAAUAUCAAGUUCACCUGGAACAACCCAGUUGAGAGUCAAGAAGCCACCGUAUCCUUUAAUAAUUCCUACUACUCAAUCUAAUACUAGUAAUAUAUCUGGAAGCCGUAUAAAACCGAAUGCUCCUUUACGAACAACAAAAACGGCUCAAAAAUUGGUUUUACUUCCAGAAGAAGCUGAAGUACCACCUGGUGAACUUUCUGACUAUCCUGAAACCCCUGUUACUCCAUUAGCUUCUCACCCACCCGUUAAUAAUAUUCAUGAUUCUACCGAUGCUGAGAGAAUGCCCAAGGAAAGCAGAGAAAUUAAUAAAUAUCCUAGGGCAACUGCUUAUUGUACGGCAGAAGGAUAUUAUCUUAAAAAGUUGUUGAGUUUUUUGAGAGAAGAACACAAUAUUCAACCAAAGUUAUAUGAUGAAUGUUUAUAUGCGCCAUACCAUUUUCCAUUAUUGAAAGGUAGAAAUACCAAGAUUUCUUCAUCCACUGCAAUACAUUCACCUAAUGGUCAUUCAUUUAUGGAGAGGCAGAUCGAAAAUUAUGAGAAUAAUGAAGUGAAUCCUUAUUUUGUAAUGCCUGAAAAUGAAGAUGGUUAUGAUGGUGUCGUAAUAAAUGAGUCAUCGACAAAACCUAAUCAAAAUAAUCUUUUAGAUAUUGGUGAAGUUUUUUAUUUUGAUUAUGGAGUAGUUGUAUUUUGGAAUAUGACUGAAGAUCAGGAAAAAAUGAUUCUUGAUGAUCUUACAAUGUCAAAAGUUUCAGUUCGUCCGUUAAAAGCUGACGAUAUUGAGUGUGAAACUUUUCAUUUUCAAUAUGAUCUUAAUUCAAAUAGACAACCUAGAAUUUUCAAUGAUAUGAUUACUUUGAAGUCAGAUAACCAUAUGAUUAAAUUAACUAUCAGUCAUGCUAUGAGUCAGAGUACAAAAUUAACUUUAUAUGAAUGGCAAAUGGAUAAUACAAUCGAAAGGACAAAACAUAUACCAAAAAUGUUGGCUCAAACUGGUCAUUUAAAUUUGAAUCGAAUUCAAAUUACAAAGUUAAGCGGUGAAAUGUUUAAGUUACGAAUGAAUGUUAACCUAGUCUCAAAUGUUUUAGAUACGCCUGAAAUCUUUUGGGCGGAACCGUCUUUAGAACCGCUAUAUAGUGCCAUUAGAGCAUAUCUUGAAAUUUCUCAACGUGCUACACUUCUUAAUGAUCGAUGUAAAGUUAUUAGUGAUUUAUUAGAUAUGUUACGUGAAGACGUUGGUAGUUAUAAUAUGACACGCAUUACAUGGAUCAUAAUCUGGUUGAUCGUUGUGGCAGUUUUUGUAGCUAUUGGUGAAAUUGCUGUGAAAGCCUUACACUUUUAUGGUCAAGGGAAUAGUUAUCCUAAUUUCAAAAAUGGAUCUUAUAUUUAUAAUAUCUGA